UCAUUCUUGACUCUCAAGCCGCUAAAUAAUGCUCUUGUUAUGCCGACUAAGCUUCAAGAAGUGUCGGAAAUUGUAGCUCAGCUAGAUGAAGGGCAGCUAGUGGCUGAAGAACUUAAGGGUAUAGCACUUAUGACCCCAGCAGCUGAGCUUAAGAAUCUGGAGGCUGCUCUCGAUGUAAGUGGCACUUGUGUCACUCCAGCUAGGAAUGCUGACUUGAAAAGGAAACGGGCCAAGGUUAUCUCCAAGAAAAAGCCUACUGUUGUCAGUUUAGAGUGCAGACCCUCUUUAGGACAGGUUGUUUCAUUGUUCUCCGGUAUCCCCGAUAGAAUGACUGUAGACUUCCGGCACCUCGGAUGGAAUGAUCUACUCUGUAUCCCUGAUCUAGGCUCCUUUAGAUCAAAUACAGUUUACGGUUGA